UAACUACAUUUCUCUCUCUCUCUCUCACCUUCGAACCACAUCAAUGGCGGACCCUAGCACGUACGAUUUCUUCAAGCUAAACACUCAUCCGUCGAACAAACUAAAUCCUCCGUCAAAUUCGUGCUCCAAUUCGCGAUUGUUCUCCUGCCUCUACUGCAACCGCAAGUUCUGCACUUCUCAGGCCUUAGGCGGCCAUCAGAACGCGCACAAGCGCGAGAGAGCUGCUACUCGAAGAAAUCUCGCCGCCGGAGAUGCGGUCUCCCGCCCCCACAGCCACCCGCCCGCCGCCGCCGCAUCGUUUGAACUCAACUCGCCGCCGCCGCCGUCGUACGGUCACUGGCUGCAGCAGUCUCUGGACGACGGCUCGAGCUCCGCGCCUCUGGCGGUUUUCGGCGGUGGACGAUCGAUUUCCGAGCGGUUCUCGGUAGACGAUUCUGGCGACAACGUAAACCUCGAUCUCACGCUUCGUUUGUGAUGAAUUCUGUUGUUCAUUUUUUUUUUAACUGGAUUGCGUUAGGUUGCGAUGACUGAUCAAUUAGGGUUUAAUCCAAAGGUUAUGUGAGAGAAAACUGGAGAUUAACUGAUUUUUAGGGGUGAUUGAUGGGAAUAUUGCGAUAAUAUAAGUUUGUUUAAUUUCAGAGUUGAGAUUGAUAUAUAUCAUAUAUGUGCAUGGU